CUUUCUUCGACAAGGGCAAGAGAAAGAAUAAAAAAAGAAGCAAGCCUCCCACCCCACACUAUCAUUUCCCUUUCCCAUCCCCCUCCCAGAUCCACUUACACUGCUUCUCGAGGGUUUUUUUUUUCUUCACUUCCCCUGUGAUCAACAAUUAUUACUAUCGUAUUAUAAUUCGUCUACUUUGGGCGCCUACACCAAAGGAACCUCUCCCUCCUCUUAUCCACCCCCGGAAAUGCCAAGUGUGGUCCAUGUGCCUCUUUAGCACCCUCUCGCUUCCGCAUUUGCUCUUAAUAAACUCCAUCAGGGUCCUCUCCAAAUCGAACUAAAAAAAAAAAAAAACCUCUUUUCUUGCCUUACACCUUUCUUUGCCCCCCUUGCAUGUUCCCCAGGGCUUGGCGUACUUGAACCCUAACAUCCAGUAUCAAGGACAAAAGAGAAAAAAAAAACACUUCUGCGCCGGACGUACGAAAGAGAGCCCCCGGAAGACCAAUAAAAAGUAUAGGGAGACUCAGACAAAACAGCAAACAUGUCAGACAAGGACGUCGCGCGCGAGGGCGUCGUCGCCCAUGAGAAUGUCAGCGGCAAGUCCAGAAAGCGCGGGUGCAUUGGUCACUGUGGACGCUUCUGGUGGGCCUACCUGAUAGCUCUGAUUGUCAUCAUUGUUAUUGUGGUCCCGGUCGUAAUCCUCGUGGCCGUGCCCAAGAUCGCGCAGGACAAGAUCAACGCGGCAGAGCUCGAGGUGCGCAGCAUCAAGGCCAUCAACACCAAGAGCCAAAACUUCACCAUGGAGAUCGACAGCGGCAUCCGGACCGACGGCAAGGUCCACGCCCAGGUCGCUCCAUUUGACGGAGUCAUGUACCUCGAGGACUGGGCGCCGCAGAGGCCGUUUGCCAGGAUCCGCUUCCCCGAGACCUCGAGCGCCGCGUACCAGGACGUCGAGGUGUCACAGUUCGUCAACAUUGACGACAUGGAGGCCUUCACCGUCUUCAACACGUGGCUCCUGAUCAACGACACCCUGAGGGUCACCAUCAAGGGCGACACCACCGUGCGGGUCAGCGGCAUCGCUCGCGACUACCCCGUUGUCUUCAAGAAGACCACCACCAUGUCCGGUCUGAACCUGUUCAAGGGAACCACCGUCAGCGAUCCCAAGAUCGUCAGCGGGAACAGCACCAGCAUCAGCGGGGCUAACUUCCAGGGGAACGUUACAAUUCCCAACCAGUCCUAUGUGACUUUCGAAGUGGGUAACGCAACCUUCUUCAACUACCUUGGCGACCAGGACGUUGGCGAGGUGUACAUCAACAACAUGACCGUCAGGCCCGGCGACAACGUGUACCCGAUGGUGGCCAAGGUCAACCAGACGGCCGUCUUGGCGGCCAUGUCCAAGAAGCCGGCCUGCGAUACCGGAAAGCUCACCUUUGGGCUGCGCGGAAAGAAGGUGGAGAAUCACGGCCAGCCCCUGUCCUACUUUACCGACUCGCUCGCCAGCGCAAACCAGACCGUCGAGAUCGACAUCUCCCAAGCUCUUGGCUUCAAGAUCCCCUGCUCCGAGACAUAGCUGGUUAUAUAGGCAGAAAAAAAGGAAACAAUGCUUUUUAUAUUAGCAGUAGCGUUGGGGGCGGCUCAGUUGAGAGGGGAUACUUUUCUUCCUCUGUCAUGUCUUUUCUCUCUUCCCAUAUCCAUCCACUCAUCCACUUCAACUCUUGCGCGAUACCCUUUUUUGAGUGUAGGCAGUGUUGCCUCGUAUCGGAGUAUCUAUCUAGUCUUUGACUGUAUAUGAUUCUUGUGCCAUUGCUCAGGCAGCAUGCAAAUGAUUGCGACUGGCAUUAUUCUUAAUAAUUUUCUAUAGCAGACCAUCUCCUGAUGUCCAAAAUUCCAAUGCUGUGGUCCUGUGACUUGAUUCAAAGCUUUGCGACAAUACUUUUUGUUGACAAAUGUUAUUGUGACGCAGUCGAUUCAGCGAGCAAGGUGUCGAUCGUGCCGGUGAAACCCCUGCGUUUGGAUCAUGCCCGGUGUAGAGUCGCAGGGCGCCGUCAAGCUCAUUGCUAAGUAGAGGAUUAGAAUCAUGGUGAGUUUUGAGUGUCGGCCUCCGGAGAGCGACUCGUAUUGAUAAUCCCUCCCGCCUCAGACCAGGAACAUGCCAGGAUUUCGAUCUUCUUGCGCAGUGAUCGUGAGCUCCAGGCUUGCCGAAGCCUGCUGUCGAUCACCACCACCACUCCAAGGGUCAACCCGAUGAUCACUGUGCAGAAGCAGGUACAAACUCGACAGCUUCCCUCCGGCCGCUUGUCCUCUCGGCCUCCUUCUGUUUCUGCACCUUCUCCUGCGCCUCCCUCAACCCGCCACGGAAAGCCCACUGCGGGAACGCCGUCGGAUCCCAGAGGUCUGGCGAGAGGAUGGUGAUGUACUGAUCCGCCAUGGAAUUGCCGCCAGCCGUCGCCGUGGCCGACGCCCCACCAGCCUUGGCAGCCUCCGCGGCCGUCAUGGGAUCCUCCAGCCCGACGAAGCCCAUCAGCUUGUCCAUCAGGGCCGGGUUGCGCAUGGCGGCCGACUGCGCCAGACGGGCGUUGAAGUGCGUGCCCUUUUUGCGUUUCAGGUCGAGGAACGUCUCGAACUUGGCCGUAAGCGCCGGCAAGCUCCGGGGCGGGGAGCCGGGCGGGGAGGGCGGCACGUCCAGGUUCGGCACCGGCGGGAGCGUCAGGUCCCGG